AUGCUGAAUCCUUUGGGUCACGCGUUGAAGCGCAAUUUACGCUCAGUAUGUUCCUCGGAAUUUCUCGAGGCACUCCUUGCUACGAUCCAGUUCUUCGUGGAUCUGAGCUGCAAUCUCAACGAAAAGAAUGACGAUGACUGCACGCCUGUUGUUUCACUCAUGACUGGAUACACUACCCCUGUGCCGCCUUUGGUAUCGGAUAUGCGUAGCAUAGCCGAUGCCAUUCCAUGGACUAGUGUAUUCAGCUGCUUCGAGUUCUCUACCGAAUUCAUGACGAACAUCUGUCGGCAUUUCUAUCAUAACGAGUCUGGAGAUUCUUUGAUCUGGACGAACAUUUACUCCGAGCUCAAGCUGGAUCAUGAAUUAGGACCGGAUUGUCUCGACGGACCUUUAGUACGCGCAGUCACGAUCCGUAAUGAAUUGGAGGUCCAACUCAUCCUACAGGCACCGAAAGAUCUCCUUUCGGAGGCGAACCCUGACUUCUCGAUUUGGCGAGCAUUGAGUUGGCCGCGUGGCCUCGAGCUAUUCAUAUCUCACGGAUUCCUAGACAAAGAUGAAUACCUUGAGAUGCUGAAAGCUGCAAUGCACUGCCGGUACACUGCGUCGAUGGCUGUUUUACUUCGGUCGCCGUGGUUCAACUACGAAACUUGGCCAGUCGCACUUAGUACGGGCAACACUGAGUUUAUGACGCUUAUCGCAACUUCGCUAUACCACGAGCAUAAGCGGGAAUUGAACCAAUCGAACAUGUUUCUGUCAAGGGCUGCACAGCCUGAUCCGAAUUAUUGCGCUUCACUUUACACAGCAGAGGCAAUGCUGUCUUCGAGAGAUGGCAAGAUGACGGUGGAAGCUGCUCGAAUUCUCCACGAAGCUGGAUUCCCUUAUGCCGAUGUCAACCACCUGCAAAGGGGUACACCUUUGUGUUAUCAUGCAGCUAAGUCCAAUUGUACGAUUGAUAACUAUCUGCGGCUCAUGUCAUGGUUCGUAUCGUAUGGCGCAGACAUUACGGCAACACAUCCAACCUGGAAGACGAUGCUUCUGCAUCUCAUCGCAGAGAGAAUUACGCUUUUCUGUCUUCAGGCUCAAGAAGUGCUUGACUAUGACAGGCAAGAAGCUACGAAUAGAAGCAACUCGCUCUCAACAAGACCACUGUCCAACGAAGACAUCGACGACAUACGGUACGCUGAGCAACAAGACACUCACAUUUUCGAACUUCUAGUCGAAGAGUUCAACAAGGCAUGGGAGGCCACUCAAGGCAACAUCAUGGACUUUAUGCACGGCCACUGGAGCGCUCGUAUGAUAACAAUUCUUGAGGAAAGAAACAGCUUGGGAAUGGAGGAAGAACUGCAGAAGCUGGAAGCAAUCGGGGUGACGGUAGCCACCUGCGAGGCCCCUCUAUCUGAUUCGGGAAAAGUCGAGUGUUCGUGUGAUCUUGCGUGGUUCCAGGCGCAGGUUGACACAAUCCUAAACACGAUCUAA